CAAAGGCCCCUUUCGUCCAAUCACAGAAGUUGUCACUGCAACGUCUCUAGCUUUUGGUCACAUCCGGUCGUAUAUAUGUUGCCACGAGUUAGCGGCGAAUUUGGAGCGUGUCCAUUUUGAGCAGCGGCUCGGCGUCCCCGGUAUUUCCAGUCAAAUCAUUUGAAGAUCCCACCGUCAGAAUGGCAGACGCUGAGAAUCUGCUCAUGGAGACAUCGGAGCAGAAUGGCAAUGAGGGAGAAGAGGACCAGAAUGGAGCUGAGCAGGAGCAGAUGGCUGGGGACGAAGAGCAGGACAACGGCACAGAUGGAGGCAAGAUUGACGCUAGCAAAGGAGAGGAGGAUGCUGGUAAAAUGUUCGUGGGUGGCCUCAGCUGGGAUACGAGUAAAAAGGACCUGAAGGAUUACUUCACUAAGUUCGGUGAGGUGUCAGACUGCACCAUUAAGAUGGACUCAAACACUGGGCGAUCCCGAGGCUUUGGCUUCGUUCUCUUCAAAGACUCCUCCAGCGUGGAUAAGGUACUGGAGCAGAAGGAACACAGACUGGAUGGGCGUAACAUUGACCCCAAGAGGGCGAUGGCUAUGAAGAAGGAUCCUGUCAAGAAGAUCUUUGUUGGGGGUUUGAAUCCAGAAGCAACUGAGGAAACCAUCAGGGAAUAUUUUGGCGCCUUUGGAGAGAUCGAAACCAUUGAGCUCCCAAUUGACCCCAAAUCAAAGAAAAGGAGGGGAUUCAUCUUCAUCACAUACAAAGAUGAAGCCAGCGUAAAGAAGUGUCUGGAGAAAAAAUACCACAACAUCCAGGGUGGCAGGUGUGAGCUGAAAAUUGCCCAGCCGAAAGAGGUGUACCAGCAGCAGCAGUAUGGAGCAGGGCGUGGAGGUGGCUACGGAGGUCGGGGAGGCAGGGGCCGUGGAGGUCAGAGCCAGGGCUGGAACCAGGGCUAUGGAAACUACUGGAACCAAGGAUAUGGCAACCAAGGUUAUGGCUAUGGUGGAUAUGGCAACUACAGCAACUAUGACUACUCUUCUGGUUACUACGGAUAUGGUCCUGGAUAUGAUUACAACCAGGGCAGUGCCAGCUAUGGGAAAACUCCAAGACGGGGGGGACACCAGGCCAACUACAAGCCAUACUGAUGAUCACUUGGCAGUUCAAGGACUCCAGUGAUCCAGUGAGACCGACGGCUGGACGGACACACACUGGGCCAGACUCGACCUCUUUUAUGACAGAAGACCAUUUGUACAGAAAACAUCAGAAAUGUAACUUUUUUUUUUUUUUUUCUUUUUUUUUUUUUUUUUUUUUUUUUAAACCCUAUCAGUUUUAGGUUUUAUUUUUCCCUUGUGGGUCUUUUUUUUUGUUUGUUUUUUGUGUUUUUGUUUUUGGUCCCCCCUUCCACAUUUCCACCGGAAGUGUAAUUUUUACUGUACUUUUUGGUACCUGUUUUGAUUCUAUUGUAUUGUAAGGGUUGUAUUUUACAUGUUUGAUGGCUUUACAGGUUGAAAAUCUUGGCGCUGUAAAGGAGCUUUUUUGACAAAUAAAUACAGUUUUCAGUAAA